AUGUUGAACAGAAGACCACAUACCGUGUUGACGGCAAACGCUCCUUUGGGAAGCCCGGGAGCGGGUCUCACCCGGUUCAACGUAAACACUGCACAGCCGGACUGUGGUGACAUCAAGGCAAGUGGGGUGAAUUUGAGUGGAAUCUAUGGCAUACAUCCUGGAGGAGUCGGAAGACCGUUCAACGUCUACUGCGACAUGGACACCGCUGGUGGUGGUUGGACGGUCUUCCAAAGAAGAAAGGACGGUUCUGUUAGUUUCAGUGGUAAUUGGUUACACUACAAGAAGGGCUUCGGGAGCGUUUCCGGGGAACACUGGCUUGGAAACGAUAAGAUUCAUCGCCUGACGAGCCAGAAGACGUAUGAACUAUGGGUCGAUAUUGAAGAUUUCUCUGGGAGGACCAGCCAUGCCAGAUACCGCAAGUUCAUGAUUGGCAACGAGACCAUGAAUUAUGAUCUGAAGCUAGGUGAUUAUUCUGGCGGAGGUGCAGGAGAUAGUCUUGCUGCUCACCGCGGACAUCAAUUCAGUACCAGAGACCGAGACAACGAUGCGUCCAUGUUAAAUUGCGCCGGCUAUUAUUUAUCCGGGUGGUGGUUUAGUGAGUGUCGCAUUUGCGACCUUAACGGGAUCUACCAGUACUUGGACGUCAGCGUUCUUGCUCCUAACCGAUAUUACAUGGUGUGGAACCCCAUGAAAUUCCUUAAGGGAAGCGAGAUGAAGAUACGCCCGCUAACCAUGGGUGACUGAGCCGUUUGGGUCCGGAAGCCAGAAAUGCUGGGGUGCUGCAGGAGUUGCUGAGAGCAUGGUCGCAAAGUCUUACGGCUUUAAGUUUCUUAGCAGGCCCCUCCACAUUUUCCUAU